AUGCCUUUCAUCGAUCGUGUCGGCACGGAUGAGAACGGCACGCUGCGAUUGAAGGCUCACAGGGAGAUCAAUCUCGUAAACAAACGCACGAGAGAACCGCUUGCCUUAUCAACACUCAUCAAUCGCCAUGGUGGGCAACGGAUCCGUGAUGCACUAAACCUCAUAGAUUAUUGGCCCAAGCUUCUCCCGAAGGCCGUCCAAGAUCUGCAAGCAGCCAGGUCCGAACUCAACGAUGAGCCCCAACGUGCCAUCGAUGAAUUUCUGUGCUACCCAUCAGGUCACGUGGGGGACAGCAAGGAAGCGAGGAGGCUGUUCGGAAUAGCUGAUACAGAUGGAAACAAGACCCUGACACAAGAUGAAUUUCAUGCCAUAUUUCUGGACUUCGAUCUUGAUUCGGACCACCAGGUAACCAGCAAUGAGUUCGUCACAGACUGGGCAAUCAAGAACCUCGGACCCCCAAGCGAAGCCAUCGUCCUGUUCCACAAUAUUGACGUCAACAAGGACGGCGUCAUCACCGAGGAUGUUGAUUUGCCCUACAUCUUCCACUACUUCGACCAGGACGAAGACAAGUUGGUCACCGAAGCUGAGUUCGUCGUUCAGUGGGUGAAGAUGUCGGUAUCCUAGUCCCAAGCGAGACUUGAACACAGCUUCUAUCUGAGUGUAUCUGACAUCUUCUGAAUUAAAAUCUAACCGAAAUAUC